CAUCGGCCUGCAUGGUGCUGAAUCCGUCUUCUCGGAAUCUUGGAGUCCUGGGCAAAGUCACGUGGAUACUCAACCAUUGGUCAGUUUGACAAACAUUAUUUUACCAAGAGAGUCUGGUUUCACUUUCAUUUAUAUGUCAUGGUCAAAACUGAAAACUAUAACAGCUUUUUAAAAUAAUAUCUGCUGCGCUGACUGUACAAUUAACAGUGAUGAUUUGCAAACAGUGUCGUGAAGACAAGUUAUCAAAAGAAUUCCCAUAUGAACAUCUUACUGAAGAUUGUACUCAACACGCAUUGUUGCAUUGCCUUAGAGUAAGUAGAAAUAAUGCGAGUGCAGUGCAAACAACGCUAACAGUAUAAAUUCCAAUUAUUUUUAUCAUCAUUACAAUAUUAAAAUGUUUAUUUUCGGAGUUAUAUUUAAUUAAAAUAUUCAGUGAUUCAGAGUUAAACUAUUCAGUGGUUCCUCAGUAUAGGUUCCUAGACUUCCUAGUGUAGUCUGCCUGUAUUUUGUGGCAUCUCAUUCGAAUAAAUAGUGUUUGAUGGGUAUAUUGUAGAUGGAAAUUGUCAAGUGGAAAUUUAUAUACAUUUAUUAGAUCUUAAACCUGAGAACAGAAGCAAGAAAUGCAACUUUAGGUCCCUGAACAGGAACUAUAUAAAAAUGCAACUUUAGAUCCCUGGCAGGAACCGAACUCACGGCCCUGUGAUUCCGAUGGAAUCUAUAAUCUUGUCACAUCAGCGAUGUUUUGCUAAUUUUAGAAGUGGGGGGGAUGGUCUUGAAAAUCAAAUGGGCGUGGUCACUCGAUUGGGCAUGGCCUCAUGCAUAAUCAUAGUGAACAAGUACAUAAAUCCACUUCAAAAACUAAGCUAUUGCAUAGUACGAUAUGUACCUAAAAAACACCUAGCUUGCGCAUGGUAGAUGUCAAAAAGCAAAUAAAACCACGUUGACUUUCGAAUUUCGAUGAUGCAAUUAGUGCUAUGUGAGUAACUCAGCAAACAGGCGACUUUGCAAGUUGAAUAUGACGUUUUUGCGUGUAACUAAAUAAGCUUAGGUAAUAGAUAUCCUUUUAUCCUAUCCAUUCAGUCAUGUUAAUGUUCUUAUUGAAUCAUUUGAUGUCCCCGUUGAUCAUUUAUUGUUCAUUUGAAUGUUUAAUUUCACGAUUGCGUGAGAGACGUUAUCCGGGCUUAUGACUGGUAUAAGUACUUUUCUAAGCGGACGUCAAUUAUCAGACUCUCGUAUUUUUGUGCUAGUCUGCUAGAAUUUUAUGCAAGUAUAUCAAGUUUCAGGGAGGACGCUGAGCAAUUAUUGCCAAAAAUAACACGUAUGUAGAACAAGUGGUAGGGGGGAUGGCAUUCCCCCUGGAAAACAUCACUGUGUCACAUAUACUUUUAUAUACAGCCUGUACUAUACACAACAAUCACAUCAUCAAAUUUUGGGAUUUUCUAGUCCCCCUCUCCCCCCCCCCAUCAUUGUUAUCACUUGUCAUCAGCCUGCAAAAUUACUAUCCCGGCCCACCUCACAGAAGCAACAAAUUAGGGCAGGUACAUUUUAUAUGAACUUAGGCUUUCACCAAGUUAUAGCUAUUUUUACUAAUAAUAUAAUUAUCAUCUUUUAAUAUUUAACAUUUUUCAAUACUUAGAUAAUAUCUAGAAUCAUGCUAGUAAUACUAUUGAAAAUGCUGUAAUUUGAUUGCAUGGCUACUCUACUCGUUCUCAAUUUCUAUGAGGUGAUAGUUGAUUUGGGCUUUAAUUGUCCUCAUAUCAACAAUCACCUCAUGGAAAUCUCAAGCUCGUAAUCGUAAUCUGAUUGUUAAGUGGUAGUAGUAUUAUUAGAAAGAUGAUAUUCUAGUAAUUUGUUGUUUUUGCUGUGACUCAUAUUGAAUGAAUUUGUUUUAGUUCGAUCCUUUACUGUUAUCUUUAUGAAUCAGCAUUUUCUAUUUUCGCAAAUUCCCAUGUGGAUAUGAUCAAAUGCACUUUACAUCAAGUCUUAUACACUUACCUAAUUACAUACUUAGCCUAGAUCGUUUUAUCUUUACAACAACUAGAUUAUUUAUUAUCUUUUAUACUUGAACAUCAAUGUAACCCACUCAGCCUUAUAUGAUCAACUGUGAAGAAAUUAGGGGGGGGGGGUGAAUAGGGGUAUACAAAUCCGCCGAUCCGCCCAAAUUUGAAGCAAAAUCUGUGAUCCGACAAUGCAUGGUCUUGUCUAAAUUUGAGUCCGCUAAAAGCUCUACUAUGAAGUCACAAUCCAGGAUCCGAACUAAAUUGCAAGAGCCAAAAUAUUAGAUAAAUCCGCAAUCCGCUGUAUUAAUAAGAUCCGCAAAUCUGUGUAAAAUAUUCGCCAGAUCCGAAAUCCGAACAAUUUUUUCUGUGAGAUCCGACAAUCCGAAAACCUAUAUUCACCCUCCCCCCCAGUUAGGUACCCCUCCUUGUUGAUGACAUAGUGUUAUGCCCACAGUAAUAAGUUUUAAACUGUUUAAUUAAUUUACAGUCAAACCGGAUGCUCUCUUGCAAGCAAUAUUGUCCCACAAUAUUGCAAUUUUGAUAGCCAGAUUGCUCUGAGCAAUUUGCAACGGACGUGGACAAAUUGCAAGUUGAAAUUUGUAAACAAAGCCUUUGAUUGGACUAAUUAAGAAAGAGGGAAGCACCAAUUAAUCCAGUUGGCUCAGACUAUUUGAUUAGCUUCCCACUUUCUUGUAAUCCAAUCAAAGGCUUUGUUUGCAAAUCUUUUGUGAAUUUCCAACUUGCAAUUUGUUUGCGUCCGUUGCAAAUUGCUCAGAGCAAUCUGCCUAUCAAAAUUGCAAUAUUGUGGGACAAUAUUGCAAUGUUGCUUGCAAGAGACAUCCGGUUUGACUGUAAUAGGAUUUGUCACAAAAUUACAUUACAAUAACAAUUAACUUAAAUCUACAUUAACAAGUACUAUAUUUUCAAUGAGUAGCUAUGAAGAGUUAAUACCUAUAAUAAUAAUACAUAACUCAUAAGUGACAGGAGAAGAAACAAGAUUGUGGGCUAAACCUUUCUUUUUGUAUAUAUAUUUUUAUUUACAUAUGUUUAAUCGCAUUGUAUGAAAAAGUCCUGUUUUAUUAUUUGUUAAAUAAUUAAAAAGCAAAUUUCCAAGAAGAUACACCAAGAACCUUUCAAUGCUUAUCACUUGUUAUUUCACAAAAACAAAGCACUCAUACUGUGACUAAGUCCAGAUAAAAAGAAUAGUUAGUCUUUUACGUUUGCCAAAAGUUGGUCGAUCUGGUUUUUAUUUUUACAUUAAAGAUUUGUAUCAAAUAAACACAUGACAAGGUACUUUAUUUCAGGACAGCUAUACUGGGCUGCUACAUUGUCAAGUGACGCUUCAUUUACAGAGCAACUCAUGAUAGUAUCAAAUUUCAAUGUAGACAAAAGUUGUUUUUUUAAAUAAAAAAGAAUCCUGGGCAGGCUGUUUUUAUGCGUGGAUGGGGACGAUCACCAACUAUUUUUUUUAAUUGGCCUAAUGUUCUAGUUGUGUAGACUCUGACUGUUCUAAUGAACAGUCACCUACUUAUUAAAAGAAUUAAAACAUCUGAUAUCUAAGACACACCCAGAUCAAUCUGGCCCUCUCUAUAAGUUCCCCAUUCAUAUAAAGGCCUUCCUCCUCGUAAAUGGGUGCAUUAUUACUCUAGGACGUAAAAAUUAUUUUUAAUACGCAUUAAUAUGGAUUUAUUAUAUAGUAUUUAUUAUUGCAUGUUUUAUAUAGUGUAAAGGCCUGUAAAAUAAGUAUUACCUUGUCCAGUUUGUAGUCCGUAAAUCGUAAUAUGUCGUGUUUUAGUGUUAGAUGGAUGGACUUAGUACGGGAUUCUAGUUCUGUUGUCCAAUCCUUCAAUCAUAGCUGUAUGUGUAUUUUUUAUAUAAUAUGAUUGUAAAGUUAAUAAAAUUCAGGUUGCAAUAAUUCAAGAUUUUUAGUCAUACCUUCAGGACUGAUACUCCAAUGAUUAUUGUCUCGUAUGUGCGCUACUACAAACUUAGUCUUUAAAAUGAAGCACAUAAAGUGCAGGUUUCGGAAAGGUAUUCAUUCAGAAACUUGAAACUACGAGUUAGAAUGAGAAGGACGACGAUAAACAAACUCUACAAUCGACUCCAACAUUCUUUAGUCCCAUCAGUCAAAUAAUUUUUCAUACCAAGACAUGUCAGACUUACCCAUGUAGUCAUGUACCAACUUAAGCCCCGUUUACACUACGCUCAAUUUUUGGUACGGCACUGAUAAAAUUGGUACCCGUACCACCUUUUUGGUUCUUGGACUACCUAUUUAGCUAAACCCCGUUUACACUACGCUCAAUUUUGGUAGUCCUAAAUAGGUAGUCCAAGAACCAAAAAAGUAGUACGGGUACCAAUUUUAUCCGUGCCGUACCAAAAAUUGAGCGUAGUGUAAACGGGGCUUUAAUUAGCGGUUUGAAUACUUUGUGCUUGGUAAGGUCAUGUGGUACCAGCAAAAUGUAAGUACGCGGAUAGCAAGAGUUCCGCCUACGUGGUACUUGACUGAAAACAAAGAAGUACCAGACCGUAAUGUUGGUGCACCUCCGUGGUACAUAAAUACGCCAAUUAUCACACCCUGUGAAUAUUCACAAUAUUAUCAUUGGCAUAACACUUUAUGAAUGACGUAACUUUUUUGUUUGCCCAUAGUGUGUAACAGCAUCAGUGAAGAACAACCACAAAUGUUCACAAUGUGAUACUGAAGUUGAAGAAGACAACAUCCAGUACAAUAAUUAUCUUGACACCUUGGAGUUCCUCUUUCCCACAGUAGAGGCUGGUGAAGACGUGUAUCAAUCUGAUGACGUGACGACAUCUCACAUUGUCAUAACUACUCUUGCUGGAGAGUGCACCACUCUUGUUUAUAAUCCUGAUCAAACAAUUAUGAGUGUGAAAGAUAUUGUUGAGAAAGAUUUAAACACUCCUGCUAACAAGCAAUGCCUCUUAUACAAUGACAAGGAACUAAAAGUAUGCAAUGUUACUUUGACUUUCUGAUAAAAAAAUAUUUAGUGAAAGCUUUAUUAUAUUCAUGACAUUUUAUGGGAAUAGGUUUAUAUGGAAAAUAUCUGCCAUGUGCAUACUAUGUGAUUAUAACACAAUAUCCAAUAUGCUAUAAAGUUAUGCUGUUUGGGCUGACAAGCAUCCCUGAAAAAUGGUGUACAGUAGCUGUUGUUUACAUCAUUUAUUUACUUGAACUUGGCAUUUAUAUUGAUCAGAAUGAUCGGUGAUAUGUAAAUAUGUUUAAAGUUUGUGUCAAGAGAAAGUUAUCAGGUACUUUGGGGCGUAAGUAACCAAUGCAAAUUUUCAAAUUUGUAGCUCAAAAUAACAAUUUAUCUAUCGAAAAACAUUUAACUGACUACCAAAUGAUAUUGGGAAUAACUAAAGAUUUCUUUUAACUUUCUCCAUCUCAAUUCACAAUAAUGUAAAAUAUGUAGCCUCUGUUGUUGCUUUUGCUUUAAUAAACUUAAAUCAUGUAAAGUCCGUUGAUAUGGCAUGCCCACAUAUCCUGAUUUGUACGUACAGUAUGAGCAUAUUAAUUAUUAUUGUACUAAACACAAAAAAUUGUGUUUGCAAGAAUUAUGUACAUUGUUGAGAAAGUAUUCACGAUUAAAUACUGUUGUUUUCUUUUUCUUGAAUUCUUCAGGUAAAAGGUCAAAACAGCCAGCUUCUGAUGCUAAAAGACUAUGACAUUCAACCCAACAGCACAUUAUACCUGCUUGUGUUAUUGUAUGCAAUACCAGAAGAUUUUGAUGAGGUCAUUUUUGAUCUCUUCUGGGGAUACCCACAGCGCGGAAAAGAUUACCUGGAUGCUUCGGUAUUGCUUUACAGUGGCUCCGAGUUUGUCGAGAUCGUUGACUAUAAUAAUAGAACAGGUAAAUUGUGCUCGGCCGUUACACAUUCUGGUGAUAAAAUGGAUAAUAAAAAGCGAUUGGGCCAUCACACCAUUAACGUAUCAAUUAAAUCAAUCCCAGUUUAUAUUAACAAACUGGUGUUCACAUUGAGUGCUUGGAAUUCUCCAAAUAUUUCCAAAUAUCCCAAUCCAAGCCUCAAGUUUUUCGACGCGAAAUUCCCAGAUAGGCAAUUAUGCAGCGAUGAAAUGAGUGAUGCUGCACAUUCCCAAGCCAUCAUCAUGUGUUGUUUAACUAACAGAGGAGGCGGAUGGCAAGUGUUCAGUUUAAAACAUCUCUCUGCUGGAAAUGCAAUGAACUAUACUCCAUUGAAGAAGAAAAUUGUGAACCUGAUUGAAAAAGGCCACAUAUGAGAAUUUAUGGCUGUGAUGUGAAUUAAUAAUCAAAAUGUCAGAAAUGAGAAACAGUCAUUUCUCGUAUUGAACUGUCUGUGUCAGUGUAGGUAGUGUCAAUAAUAACAAGCUUUCUAGGAAAUGCAACUAUGCAUGUGAAACUCGACGUUUCGAGCGAAGGCUGCUUCAGCAGGAAGUUAGUAGCGGGGGUUGGGAAAAUUACAUGAGCUUUUAUACUAAGAAUAUAAAAGCGAUCACAUGGCAACAUUUUUUUGACCCGGAUCCCCGCUACUUCCCGCCGGGCCUUCGCGCGAAACGUCGAAUUUCUCUUUGUAAUUUUCAGGUAGUUGCAUUCCUACCAACGAAAGCUUGUUAUUUCUCAUAUUGAUUUACUGUACUGCCAAUAGAACAUUCAAAGAUUAGAGUCACCAUGCCAACCUCGUUCCCAGGCUCUUUCCUGGGACGAGGUUGACACUAUGCAAAUAUCUUUGAAUGUGAAACCCUCGAGCUCCUAUGAAGGCUAGAUAUGCAGCAGAACAAAUUCAAGCAUUUUAUGCACGUAAAAAAUAAGCAAAAAUAGAGCAAGAAGAAAAACCAUUGAAGAAAAACAUUGAUACAAUUACAAAUUAUUUUCAAGUUUGAUUUACUUCUAUCCGAGAAUAAUAUAUACAAAGGUCGGUUAUUUAUACAGUUAUACCAGCGACGUCGCAGUUUCACCAAGCUGUUGAUGUUCUUUGGCAAUAAUGAAUAGCCUGAAGACGGGCAGUAAAACUACCCGAAAUGUUUGUUGCGUUCCCGUCUUUUGAAGCUCACGCACUUUGCAUGCCAGACCGAUACGCAUAUUUUAAGACCACGCACACAUUUCUAAAGUUCUGUCAUGUUAUGCUUAUUUCGGUUGCAUGCUUUUCGAUAUAAAAAAAGUGUGAGGCCGCUCAAAAGCGUGGGAGAGUAAUCGAUUUCAAGUUUUCGGCAGAGAUAAUAUUUGGCUUAAUCAGGACAAGCAAGUCAUUAAUAAUUUAAAUCAUGUGAUUAACAGUGCCACGCGCACACUACUCUUCUGCUUGCUCGGACAAACGGUUAAAAUGACCAACCUCAUUCCCAGACUCUUUCAUCAAUGAAAUUGUUCGGGAUGUCCAUUAAUUAAAUAGCCUUGAAUGUCAAUAAAAUUUCCUUUUUGUUAACAAUAAUUGCUGUUGGAACGGCAUCCUAAAUUACGUAAGAUUUUUUCAGAGUUUGAGACUUUAGGCCCGGUCACACUACACAACGAUAACGAUACGAUAAAUUGUAAAUACGCGAUAAUUGGCAAAAAAAUUGUGUUAGUGUCCACACUACAACAAAAAUGAUAAAAUUAUCGUUUGACGAUAACGAUAACGAUUUUAAAA